AUGGAAAAAGUAUUGAGUUAUGAUUAGAUCGUUUCACACUUUGUAGAUUUUUGUCAUAAAAAUCAAGACCAGGAAAUCAGUCAGAUAGAAGCAACUAAAAUGUUAAACUAGAUGAGUGUGUAAAAUGGACAUCAGGAAUUCAAUUAUGAAAUUGCUGUCGAAUUGUUUGAAAGAGUUGCUUCCUACAACACUUCUUUAACAAUUUAAACCUUGGCUCAUGUGAUCUAUGAAGCCAAUGACAUCAUCAUUAAUAAAUACAACCAGGCAAUGAAUAGGGAAAUGUAUAUGGAAGAAUAAAAAGCAUAUCUCAAAUAAAUCAAGCCUUAUAGCAAUACAACCAAUCUACAUAUUAGCUAUGUGAGAAUACAAGAAGCCUAUGUACAAAGACCCUUCAUCGUUGUUAUAAUAGGAGAAUUUAUACAUGAAAGUGAAAUACAAACAAAAAAGGAGGGAUGGUUUGAAUGGACUCUGGAUGUUCAAAUUCCUGUGAAAUCCCUUGUUGCAGAUUUAAAAGUUGAAUUAUUAGAAGAUCAUAACAUUAUAGCAAGUUUACAAUUGCCUUGUGAAGCCUUGCCUAUGAAUGAGAUGAAGGAGGCUGAAUUGCAAAUGUAAAAUGCUAAUUGCCACACAUUAAUUUAAUUGCAAUGUAUGCUGAGUGUUGGUAACAAUUAUAAGGAAUUGAUUGAUGAAAAAAUGCAGUUUCUUGAAAAUCAAACAUAAUUUUGCUAAGAGGAAUUGUUCCUCCUCCAAUCUUAAUUACACGAAUUAAGUAGACCCUUCUUCAGAGAUGCUAAUAUCCAACCCAAAUACACCAACUAUUCUAAUAAGUCACAAUUGAACACUGAGAUAUUUCAGAACAUACCAAAUAAGAACACCCUUUAGCCACCAUCCUUGUAAGCGACUGCAUUCAGAAACACUUCAUCGGCCAUGGGAUUCAAAAAGAUCGUAAUCGAACCAGAAAGAUAAUUGUACUCCUACCCCAUUAUGGCUCGUAUAGAUCUAUUGGCAACAUUUAUAGCAGUAUUAUCUAAUUAUGAGUUAUAGGUUAUUUCUAUGAUGAUUAAUUUCAUCACUCCUGAUAUCAGUGUGAUUUACAUCAUGAUUAUAGUAUUCUCAAUAAUGUUGAAACACAAACAUACCUUAAUUUAUAUUUUGAUUGUAGUGAGUUUUGGAAUCAUAAUUGAAAUUUUUACUUUAAGCCAUUUAGAUCUGAGCGUAUUUUCAAUACUCCUAAUAGUAUUAAACAUAUUAUUAAAUAUUGGAUUGCUUGUCCUUACAGGUUUGCUCGUUAUUGAUGUUGAAAAUGUGACUCUACUUAAAUCCAAGCUUUUACUACCCUUAUGA